CCCUAAUUUGAAUAAUAAAUUUAUGAAUGAAUAAAAUCUCUUCUCAUCACAAAUUCACAACAAAGCAAAGAAAUUCCAUUUCUUCAGAAUUUGGUUUAAAAGGAGUGGAAUAACCAAGGAAAAAGAAAGGAAGGGAAGGACCUUUGAGAGAGAGAGAGAAAGGAAAGUGAGAGGAUGAGCAUACCUUCUGUUUUCAUUUAUGUGUAUUCCUCUCAUUAGAUCUUGCUUUACCUUUGAUUUCCAAUCCUUUUCUUCUUCUUCUUCUUUCAAUGGUUUGCUGAUAUUGAAUCCUAUUGAUGAACCGAGGAUCCGAUAAAUCCUACUUAAUAUUUAUUUGAUCACUGUCUGCUUACCGGAUUCCUGCCUGAUUUUCUGGAUAAGCUGCAGAAAAGAUGGAGGUGGAUCAAGGUAAGCUAUUUAUAGGUGGGAUUUCUUGGGACACGAAUGAGGAUCGUCUUAAAGAGUAUUUUGAAACAUAUGGAGAGGUUGUGGAGGCAGUGAUCAUGAGAGACCGAACCACAGGUCGUGCUCGUGGAUUUGGCUUCAUUGUCUAUGCAGACCCUGCCGUUGCUGAGAGGGUGGUUAAGGAGAAGCACAUGAUUGAUGGACGAACUGUUGAAGCCAAGAAAGCUGUUCCAAGGGAUGAUCAGCACCUUAUAAAUCGGAACAGUGGCAGCAUGCAAGGUUCACCAGGAACUGGACGCACUAAAAAGAUAUUUGUAGGAGGAUUAGCAUCUACAGUCACUGAGAAUGAUUUUAAAACUUAUUUUGAUCAGUUUGGAACUAUAACAGACGUCGUGGUGAUGUACGACCACAACACGCAGAGGCCAAGAGGCUUUGGUUUUAUAACAUAUGAUUCGGAAGACGCAGUAGAUAUGGUAUUGCACAAAACUUUUCAUGAACUCAAUGGUAAAAUGGUUGAGGUAAAGCGAGCGGUUCCCAAAGAGUUGUCUCCGGGGCCCAGCCGGAGCCCCCUUGUUGGUUAUAACUAUGGGUUCACUAGACCCAGCAAUUUCCUCAAUAGCUAUGCCCCGGGAUAUAAUCUUAGCUCAGUUGGAGGUUAUGGAGUUAGGAUGGAUGGUAGAUACAGUCCACUGGCUAGUGGUCGAGCUGGUUUCUCACCUUUCGGUUCUCCUGCAUAUGGGCUGGGUGUCAAUAUGGAGCAAGGUUUAAGUGGUGGCUUUGGAGGAGGCUCUAACUUCAACGGCAACCUUGGUUAUGGCCGUGUUCUGAACCCUUAUUUUUCCAAUAACCAGAGCAGGUACAACACACCUAUUGGUUACAAUACAAAUAACAGCAGAGGUGAAUCUUUUCUAAGCUCUUCACCUAGAAGUGUUUGGGGAAACAGUGGACUUAAUGCUUCUCCAAAUAGUGGCGGCUCUGCUUCAUACUUUGGAUCUGGAAGUGGUGGUUUCGGAGUCUUUGGAAACAAUGGGGCAAACUGGGGUACUUCCCCUGUUGCUGGGUCCCUCGGAGGAAACUCUUCUGGCUACAAUGGUGGAAACUUUGGCUAUAGAGGUGGAGAUAACAGUUAUGCUGCGGGAGCAGGAGGAUUUGGAAGAAACACUGGAACUGGUGUAAUUACAACAUCUUCUUUCCCUACCUCAACUGGUGACUAUGAGGGGUCCUAUGGGGACUUUUACCGUAGUGGUUCUGUAUAUGGUGACCCAACUUGGCAAACUGCAUCUUCUGAGCUUGAUAAUUCUAAUUCGUAUGGUUAUGGGCUUGGAGACUCAGAAGAUGUUGCUGCUAAAGAUUCUGAGGAUUAUGUGGUCGGCUAUGACCUUCCAAAUAGGCAAUCCAGUAGAGGGAUUGCUGCGUAGGUAACUUCAGUGGUAUGAAGAUAAUGUAGGAGAUGAUAUUUUUGAGAAGUUGUGGGUUGUGUACGAAUCCGUGACAGAUAUAUACAUAAAGAUAUAUAUCUCAUGUCAUUACAGAGAGCUAACAGGGAUGUCGUUUGAAAUUAUAAGGAUCGACAUUUUGGUGGAGAUGUACAUCAGAUUGCGGGAGGAGGAUCCAUACAAGCUUUGAUUUCUUUCUGGAAAGGUAGAGAGUUUUUUAUACUCCUAUUUUAUUUCUUUUUCUUUAUUUUUGUACUCAUUUUUCCCCCUGUUUUUUGGCUCUAAUGACUGGCUGAAAAUUUUCUUAUUUUUGUCUGGGAUUUGUAUUCGUCUCAGAUUGUAUGUGUGAUUGCUAGAGUGAUAUAUAAAAGAGGGAGUUUAAUCCUCUUAAGUUUCCCUUCCAAUAAAAAUACAGAUAUGCUUAUAUUUA